AUGUCGGUGAGGCCGCCACCGCUCGUAACAUCUGGUGGAAAUAGUUCUAUCCUAUUAUCCGCACCUUCCAGUCCUCUGCUGGACAAUGUACCACCAUCCCCUCUCCACAAACCAGCAUCUGCUCCCCGGCCCGAGGAAUCUCGCACUUUACUUGGUCAUGUCCUUAAUCAACUGACGAACCGACCUCUUCCCCCUUCUGUCUACGACAUUUCCAUGACAAGAGGCGAAUCUUCGAGCAAUAGUCUUGCUGCGAUUGCUCAAACCGUUCGCGGUGCGGUCAAACUACGCCAAGGACGAAUGGAGCAUGAAAUUCUUUCACCUUCCACUUUGGAGGAGGAAGACGAGGAUGAUGACGGCCACGUUUUCAGUCCAGAGCCCACUUUAGGUCUCAUGGUUCAAUUGAGGCACGUUCUACACAUAUUUACUGGUCUUUUCGACGAGAAAGGCGCAGUGCCGAAAACUCGUUCUAUCAGCAAGUCCCCAUUUCGACUAUCUCGUAAUAGAAAUAGUCUUCAGCCAUCAGGAAGGCGUUCCCGUUCACCUUCGCCUGCGAAUCAUCCCAACUCAGCACCCGAUCUACUCUCUCAGUGCAUCUCAGUGCUUUCCUCCGUAAUUCUCGAAGACUGUCGGUUUCAAAUACGGGAUCCAGGUCCACUUCGCCCCCCUAAUGCGCUCCAAGCGGUCGUCCUAGAUGUUGCUUUGUACCUCUUGAGCAUCUAUCGUCAUGAUGCCAAGGUCGUCUCCGAUAUUGGUCUUGCUUUAAUACCGGCAUUUAAUACCUUCCCAAGAAGCAUGCAUGUUCGACUCCUGGCUUUUUUCGAAGACGGCGUCAUCCGCUACAUCCUGGAGGACCUCGCAAGACUACGCGGUCAGAACUCCCCAAAACAGCCUUUCGGAGACGAUGUCGAUGUCGCUCCUGCUGCCAUAUCCAUCACCGUUGAUUCAGCUGCCGACGAAGGAGCUGGGACAAGUGUCACCAAUCCGUAUGGCUGGGUGCCGUGGACCCCCGUGGACAUCGUUAAUUUGCGCUCUGGAACUGCCCCAUUUCAAUCGCAAGCAAUAUAUUCCCUCGCAGCUAUAGUUCCUCCGCUGAUUGCUGCUGUCUUGGAGUCUGUAGCACAAGAAGAAGUGCGCACGGAUGUGAUUCAUCGAUAUAACCGUCUGGUUCAACUUAUCGUUGCCGCCAAACCGGACGCAUAUCUGGACGUCUUAGAGGUUGUUGCAUACCACACUCAUGCACGACGAUCAGCGCUCCGCCUUCUCUCAACGAUAUGGCCUCAAGCAUUCGGUCAUUUCGUUGUCGCCAAAGCGCUUUCAGCGAACCCAUCUUUGGCCAGAGACCAUCCAUAUACUCAUCAAUUCACGCCAUGGCACUUCUAUUCUUCUCAAAACCCCCUCUCCGCUGGGUUAUCUCAGGCAAAAUGUCACUCUUGCUCUUCGUAUAUCGAAGGGUUCGGCCUAGCAUGUACACAUUGCUUCUGCACAGUCCAUUUCGGGUGCUACGAUUACCCAGAAGGCAGCGCGGUUGUGCAGUACUCCACCAAUAAAGAUGUUCAGCGUAUUGCAACAUUCCGAUUCUCCCCGGUACUUUCCAGUCGGAGGGAUGAACAAGUUCAUAUGCAUGGGCAUUCUUUCCAACAAGUCAAUAUCUUCACCCUAUGUCUAUGUUGUCUAUGUCGCAAACCGCUAUGGGGUUGCACAAGACAAGGACUUGCAUGUGUCUCAUGCUCUCAGUUCGCACAUUCCAGCUGUCUCGAGUCUCAACAGCGACCAUCGCGUUGUUACGGUUCUGCCAACGUUGUCGACCCCAAAACGAUGUCAAUACAAUGGUCUGAUCUACGACAGUCCUGUCGCGAACACUACGGCGAUGUUCUUGACCUUAGUGCAGCGCAACUUGCCACACGGUCCUACGAAGAGAUUUCACUGCUCUCUGCCAUGUUGUGGACUCAGUGGGAACUGUUGACGAACGGAGUGUCGAGUGGUUCCAUCGAGGUAUUAGGCAAGGGCCGUAGUGUCACGCCUUUCGAAUUGAACACGGUGUUAUCCGCGUGUAACGACCUUCUGCUUGAGCCCUCAUCCCUUCGCAUUUCUAUGGCGUUUGCCGACUACCUUGAUACAGGAAAACAACAGCCUUCUCCUCACGGACUGGCCUAUACUUGGUCAACUUUAGCAUUCAUUGCCAGUACGAUCAAAGCCCCAUAUCCCCUCCCCGUUGCCCAAGGCAAUUUUUUGAACGUCGCAGACAUCGAGCAAGAUGAUGCUGUGCACGUGCUCCACCCCUUUGAAUUGGUCAACUUGGCACAUCUCCGCAACAUUCUUGGAUAUGAGUUUACCAUUCACUCGGACGCGGCUGCUCAGCUGUUCCUAAAACACAUAUUCCAUCUUGGUUUCUUCGACACUGACGUUAAGUCGUUGAACCAGGAUUCUGUUUGCUCCUUCCCCCUUCCUCUGGGCCUCGACCUUUCUACCAAUGUAGAAACACUAGUAGCUGCUGUGGAAGCUUGUCUGACGGACCUCGAUCUGUCGGUCAAUGAGGCGGGUUUCCUACUUCUCGUUCGAAAGCUAUGGCCAAACGGGAUGUUUACCGAAUAUAUUGUGACACGGUUGACCAGGAUAGUUCUCACUUGGAUUUUCGCAGAAGACGAUUACCUUGGUAUUAUUCUGCGCGACUAUCUAGCCAAGCAACGGCCAUUACCGGGCAUCCGCCCCUCCUCAGAUCCUAGCCCUUGGCCUACAAAUGCAUCGUCUCGAGCCACCGGCGCAAAUGUUGGCAACACUGGUGGAGAUUACGUCACCUCGAGGCGCGCCUUACAAAACCGUUAUGCUGCUAAGUGGCUUUUCGAACUGCAUCUCCAAGAUUCCGCUCUGUACACGACUGUCGUCUACGAAAUUUGCGAGGAGCUUUCCAAGAAAAAUGGAGUACAUCUCGACGUUCCAACUCUUUCAAACGUGACACAGCUGGUGAAGGACGCAGAGGAUGCGGAUAGAUUGUUGCGGGCUAUAAUCCGUGUCGCGCAAUCAACUGGUGCACCACCCGAUGUGUCUGAAUCUUGGCUUCUACGAUGGCUUGAACAUAUUUCACUUGUCGAUGUUGUCCGUGAGAAUAUGACCUCUCUCCAUAGGCUGUUCCCUCGCGAGAACGAUCCCUCUCAACGGUUCAGUAUGGCUAUGGAGCUUGCCGCUGAUGGCCCUACUGAUGCGUCGUCUCAUUUUGAUCCGUGGCGAGUUGUGAUGGACGGGGCAUCAUCCGCUGAUCGGUUCUCGGAAGGCUUAAAACGACUGUUAGUCUUUGCCAAUUCGGGGGUAAACGUUCCUCUAGCAAUCUUCGAGCGCUUUUCAGCUGCAGCUGUUGAAUUCGAUGCGCCGCUGUCAGACGCAAUUCACCUCGUAGACGCUAUCUUAGCAUCGAGCUGGUUGAGGACGACCAAUCGAAACUCACUUCAGACAGCGAUCUCCAGGCUUCACUCUGCACAGAUGAAAAAAAUACUGCAUUGUCUCGCUGCUGAAGCCGAUGUCCCCUCAGUAAUAACAUUCGUUCGAAAAUCCCUGGCUGCAUGCUUGGUUUUGUUCGGUGAUCGAAAGAAUGCUUCUGAUCUAAACCUCCUAUUAGAACCUGAAGUCGCUAAACUUCCCUCGCGUCGCCGAAUCAACGUUCGGACUGGUGUAGUAACAGAUCCGAUUGUCAUUCAUCACGAACUUUUGAGUGCACUAGAAGCCUACAUCACUGCCAACAACGAAGAAGUCAUUUCCAUCGCAGCAAAAUUUCUCAAUGCAUUCCUCAACGACUCUCCUUACCUGGAAUCAUAUGAAGUCGAUAAUUUCAUCCUAAGAAAUGGACGGAUGUUGGCAAAAUGUGCAUGGCAGUUUUAUGGUAUUCAACGGCACGACAUCCAUUCAAUACGGACUUCAUUUCUUCUGCGGGUGGUGCUUGUAGACUCUCAACCAUUUCAAGAGCUACUGCAUGACUCGUUGCUACCCGCCGUCGAAUGGGAAAUGCGCCUUCUAGGCGUUAGUCGUCUCUUCCGCAUUGUCUUGGACGUUACGAGCCCUGCAUUUUAUGUCGAAGGACGUCAAUGGCGCUCCAGCAUCAUCGAAGUCUUUUACCGAUUCUUUUUUGCUCUGUGGACUGACGAGAAAGAAGAAAUCCGUGUCGUCGUUGAUACCUUUGCAUCAGGCCUCCUUCCUGCCCACCUUGAAUCGAUCUCGCAGUGUUGGGUCGAAUCCAUGUCAAUGCCUAUUGCCGAGCGCGUGAAACUGGCGUCUUUCCUGAUCCAGCUCAGGCCUUACUUUCCCCAGUGGCAAGUUCUCUCAUGGGACGUGCUUGUCGAUGCUUUGUCGGAAGAAGAAGAAGAAGCCGACCACACCGCCACAGCUGCGGUAUCAGCCCACCUGUCCCUUUAUGGCCUAGCAUCCUCAAAAGAUGAAGUAGGCGUGCAAUCAACAAAUACAGAUGCAAGCAUGGCCAUUCUUCGAAGUUCCUUACUAUUACUCAGCCUUCAGAUGAUUGCGGAUGGUAUACCUAUUGACUGGUUCACCAUCCAAAAGAUCAAGGCUUCAUUUGUGAAGGCGCUAGGAUUUGCUGAUGUCACGGUGACGCCUUCGUCGACUGCGCGAGGAAUCGAUGUCUUUUUUGGCGAUGCUCAGGCGGUUCCGGACACAAUACUUCCUUGUCUCAACGAGCUUCUGCCUGUGCUAGACUCUGCGCACGUGAUCAAAGAGCAAACAUAUCUCGUGGGAUCCACUCUGGUAGACGUAACAUUCAACCUUUUUUGCACAGGAGAGCUGCAUUUACUGCCUGUAUUGACUUUGAAAAGUCUUGUCGAGUCGCUGGGGGUUAUUAUCUACAAGCACGACUUCGAUCACAGGAGCAUGAAGCACUUACAACCAGUCCUUCGUCGAGCUGUUUUGCGUGCAUUGGACCUGAUGUUAGAAGAUGUGAGCUAUGAGGUUCGACAGCUCGCACUGUCGGCAACUCAGGCGUUCAUUAAACGCUGGCCAGCCUAUAUUGGAACUGUCCUUUAUACCUCAAUCGAGCAAGUUUCUAAACUGGUCAUGCUUCAAAGUCACAACACACAGGAUGCACUCGUGUCCCAAGCUAAAUCCUUCGUGGAAUACAGCAUCACACAAUACGAGCGCACAGGCUUCAUCUCGAGUCUAUUCAAGCGACGAUUGGAUAAAGACGUCUUACUUGUUUUCAAAGAGAUCACUGACGCGAAAGCGCGACUCGCUCCUCAAUCCGAAAGUCUCCGCGAUGUCCUGAUGCGGGGUUUACUGUCUCAGGGUCCCGACAAUGACCAUACCACGAUGCAGAAUUUUCUGAACAAUUUGGAGACAUUUGUCGAGAUUGUGCACCAUCAGGGGUACAGCGCAGACCUUAUGCGGGUCGCUGGUCAACAACUCUUGGCUAUCGCUCGGCGAGUCGCUGAUCUUGCUCAUGAGGGAAGUGUGAUAGAGCCCGCCCCGCUACUUGGCAUUCCAGCUCUUCUGAUACAGCAUAAUAAGCCUAAUAGUCGGGAGCUGCUUAUCUGUGCGGACACCAUACUUCGAAACAUUUUAUUGAGACUGAAUGUCGAGGCGUCUCAUAUCUCUCGACUCCUCCAUGUCACUGCAAGUUUGCAACGCAAGACGCAUCUCAGCGAGACAGCUCCAAUUAUUGCCACGCUAUUCGAGAUUCUGACAGACGCGCUUCGGUUGAAAAAUCGCACACCGUCUGGGACGGUCAGAGCGCUUCUUGAGGUAAUUGGCGAGCCACUCGAUCACAUUGGCUCUACAACGCUGGCUUCUACGCACCCCGCAGAGGUUCAGAAUAUCGUCGAACACGGGCUACACUAUCUACACAACCAUAUCUGGACUGACAUUCGAUCCGAAAACGACUUCACCGCCUCUUUGGCCGUUGGGAAGAUGAUUCUUCAAGCUGCCGCAAUCAAUCGCUCCAUCUUCAGUAAGAUAGCUGACCCUGGUGAUCGAGUCAGUAGAUUAGGAUUGGGGAUGCGUUCGUGGAAUCUGAUGGUUCUCGCCGUCCUGCUCGACAGUUCUGACCAACAUGUCCGACCAAUGUUCGAAAUCUUCGAGCCACUCGCAAGUUUACAUCACAACAUCCUUCGUCCGUAUUCUCAGUCCAGCGCUGGCCUUGAAGCGGCGACAGCAGACAUCAACCAUGCCUACAUCGCAAUCAAACUCUGGUUGCUGUUAGCGCAAAAAAGGGCAACAAGUGACGAAGGGAGCAAUGCGACGUUUUUCAUGGUCUGGAAUGAAUUGUGGCCGCCGUUAGAAGCAAUGAUGACGACGUUAGAAGGGGACCUGCAUCUUGGGCUAUCCAUGACCAUUGCCUCGUUGAUUUGGGGGACGAUUGCUGACUUGUUCUUGUUCUUGCGAGGUUUGCGUAGUCCACUUGCAUUGGAGACACAGUUCCAGAUAGCCGUUUUGAACCGUUUACGUUCCCAUGGUGGCCAAGAUUCGGCAAUGAGCAAGCUCACUCGAACGGCCAAAACUUUAUCGGAGCCUGUUGGAGAUGCCGUGGACUUGGAUAUAUUAGUCCAGCAGGCAGGGAAAGAGCUGGUGGCCACUGAGAAGAUGCGGGUUUUGACGACGAGGGGAACAAGUGGAUGA